GUGUUUGACGAAAUACAAGUAUAUUUAAUUUUGAUUUAGGAAAUAAAUUUUUAAUGUGAGUUGGGCAAUGAAAUCAACGGUUCAUUUAUUUGCUUGAAUCGCAUAUGACUGCGUGAUAUUAGGACACGGCAAUACAAGUUAUAUUAACUUGUGCAAAAUGGGUGAUGUCGAUCCUGAGACGUUGUUGGAAUGGUUGUCCAUGGGGCAAGGAGAUGAGAGAGAUAUGCAGUUAAUUGCCCUGGAGCAAUUAUGCAUGCUUCUUCUGAUGUCUGAUAAUGUAGAUCGCUGUUUUGAAAGUUGCCCACCCCGGACAUUUUUACCUGCGCUUUGCAAAAUAUUCCUUGACGAACUUGCUCCUGAAAAUGUACUCGAAGUGACCGCCCGUGCAAUAACUUAUUACUUAGAUGUAUCUGCUGAAUGCACUCGCAGAAUUGUUUCCAUCGAUGGAGCAAUUAAAGCAAUUUGUAACCGAUUGGUUGUUGCAAAUAUAUCUUCUAGAACGUCACGUGACCUAGCAGAACAAUGCAUAAAAGUUUUGGAACUGAUAUGCACCAGGGAAGCAGGUGCAGUCUUUGAGGGUGGUGGAUUAAAUUGUGUUCUAUCAUUUAUACGUGAUUGCGGAUCACACGUCCAUAAAGAUACUUUGCAUUCAGCUAUGUCCGUCGUCUCAAGACUUUGCACUAAGGUGGAACCAAGUUCUCCAUGUAUACAAAACUGUGUUGAGAGUUUAAGCACACUAUUACAACAUGAAGAUUCUAUGGUGUCAGAUGGUGCAUUAAAAUGCUUUGCAUCAGUGGCUGACCGCUUUACAAGGAAAUGGAUAGACCCAGCACCACUUGCUGAAUAUGGAUUAGUUACAGAAUUGUUGAGGCGAUUGGAAAAUGCAGGAGGUGCAACAAAUGUUCACACACUAAAUUCAUCUAAAUCUUCAAGAUUUCAACAGCCUGGCUUAGCUUCAAUAUUGGCUAACUCGGAUGCGUCUCAAAAUACCAUAUCAGGAAUUGAUACUGCAUUAAACAGCCAGAUUCAGUCAGUCGAUUCUACAAGAUCACCGCAAUCAACAUCAACAACUAUAUCUCUUUUGUCAACAUUGUGUCGAGGAUCUCCAUCUAUAACACAUAGCUUAUUGCGAUCUCAAUUACCUAAAGCUUUGGAACAAGCUUUAAAUGGCGAUGAAAGAUGUGUGCUUGAUUGUAUGAGGUUUGCAGACCUGCUACUUUUGCUUUUGUUUGAUGGACGGCAAGCCUUGAAUCGAGCAAAUGAAACAUCUAAUCAAGGACAGUUAGUUCCACGUCCUAGGCGCAACGAUGUUAACGCUGAUCGCACACAUCGGCAGCUAAUUGAUUGCAUUCGAUCAAAAGAUACAGAUGCCUUACAGGAGGCGAUUGAUGGUGGAGGGGUCGAUAUCAACUGCAUGGAUGACGUAGGACAGACACUUUUAAAUUGGGCUUCGGCUUUUGGUACUUUAGAAAUGGUUGAAUAUUUAUGCGAAAAAGGAGCUGAUGUCAAUAAAGGUCAAAGAAGUUCUUCCCUUCAUUAUGCAGCAUGUUUUGGGCGCCCUGCUAUUGCAAAAAUUUUACUUAAGUUCGGUGCCUAUCCCGACUUGCGGGAUGAAGAUGGAAAAACACCGCUCGAUAAAGCACGAGAAAGAUCAGACGAUGGUCAUCGUGAAGUGGCUACCAUAUUGCAAUCGCCAGGCGAAUGGAUAUCUUCAGAUAAUACACUAGGCAAUAAAGAUGGAAAAAAUUAUACUUUAAUUGAACCGCGAGGUGAUAUUGAAAUGGCGCCCAUAUACUUAAAACUGCUUUUGCCAAUUUUUUGCAAAACAUUUCAAGGAACUAUGCUUAACAGUGUGCGGAGGGGCAGCUUAGGUCUUAUAAAGAAGAUUGUACAGUAUGCAACUCCAGCUGUACUUAAAGCUCUUAAGCAAAAUAGUCAUAAUGAAGCUAAUACUUCAAUAACAUUUUUAAGUACUUCUAACUUGUUAAUUGAGGUCAUCGCUACAGUGUUAGAUAACGAGGACGAUGAUGAUGGCCAUAUAAUUGUUUUAAACAUUAUUGAAGAGCUUAUGUCGAAAACACAAGACGACUUUCUUGAGCAUUUUGCAAGGCUAGGGAUAUUUUCAAAGGUUCAAGCGCUUAUGGACAUUGAAGCACCUAAAAAUUUACCGCAUAUUACUACAACGUCUAUGGAAGAGUCAUCAACGAAAAGAAGUGCAUCAUUGUACGAAUCCAUAGAGGAUGCCAAAGAAAUUCUUCAAGGAAAGCCAUAUCACUGGCGCGAAUGGAGCAUUUGUAGAGGACGUGAUUGUUUAUACGUUUGGUCUGAAUCUGCGGCCCUGGAACUUUCUAAUGGCUCAAACGGCUGGUUCCGAUUUAUCCUUGACAGUAAAUUGGCUACAAUGUAUUCAAGCGGAAGUCCGGAAAACGGAAAUGAUAGUUCAGAAAACCGGGGCGAGUUUCUUGAAAAACUUUUGCGUGCUCGCUCCAGUGUAAGCCCAGGAAUGAUAUCACAGCCUAUACUACCUACAGCUUCUGUAUUGCGGUUAGUUGUAGGAAAUUGGGUGUUACAAUCCCAUAAACCGAACCAACUACAAAUUCAUAACACUGAAGGCCACCAAGUGACCAUACUACAAGAUGACCUUCCAGGAUUUAUUUUCGAAAGUAACAGAGGUACAAAGCAUACCUUCUCGGCAGAAACAGUAUUGGGUCCAGAUUUUUCUUCAGGAUGGACAACAUGUAAAAAAAAACGGCUUAAAUCAAAAACAGAUGUUCAAAAGUUGCAUGUUUGGAAUCUCUCACGUGAAAUAUACAAUAAGUACUUUAAAUCAGCUCAAAUUAUAACGCGGGGGUCCGUUGCUAAGCUUAGUUCAAUUGUUGGGCGAGUUGGGCUUUCAAUGAAGGAGCAAAAGGAAUCAUCAACUUCCAACUGGUCAAAAACUUUAUCUACUGCUCUAAACGACCUUUCACAGUUGCUGCAGGAAGAUGGCAUCGUAAGUGCAUAUGAAAUGCAUUCAUCUGGUCUAGUUCAAGUAUUACUGUCUGUUUUAUCAAAAAAUGACUGGCAUGGUAACUUCUCACAAUGGAAAUUAAAUGAAAUGCAUAAACAACGCAUAGCAGUUUUUAAAAAAUGUAUUUUGCUUGGUAAUAAUGACUCCAGACCAAGCCACAUAAAUUCUAAAAGUACUGCAACUAUUUUAUUGCAUAAACUAAUUGCUGUUUUAGAAAGCACUGAAAAGCUGCCGAUAUAUUUAUAUGACGCUGUCGGCGCCGGAUAUGGAUUACAAAUUUUACAAAAAAGAAUUCGUUUUAGAUUAGAACGUGCUGCGUGUGAAAGUACUCUUUUCGAUCGAACGGGUCGAACUUUAAAAAUGGAACCUCUAGCUACGGUUGGUCAGCUAACUAAAUACUUGCUUAAGAUGGUUGCAAAGCAAUGGUAUGAUAUGGAUCGCUCAACAUAUUUUUAUCUAAAAAUUAUGCGAGAAAGUAAGUCAGGACUAUCAUUUCUUCAUUCUUUUGAUUUUGAUGAAGAGGGUUUGUUGUAUUACAUUGGAUCAAACGCAAAAACCUACGAAUGGGUAAAUCCAGCACAAUAUGGAUUAGUCCAAGUAACUAGCUCAGAGGGAAAGGUAUUGCCGUACGGAAAACUGGAAGAUAUUCUUUCAAGAGACAGCGUCUCCCUUAAUUGUCACACCAAGGACAAUAAAAAAGCUUGGUUUUCAAUAGACCUCGGAGUAUACAUUAUUCCCAAUGCAUAUAGUCUUCGUCAUGCCCGAGGAUAUGGGCGUUCAGCCCUUAGGAAUUGGCUUCUUCAAUCAUCCAGAGAUGGCUUAACUUGGAUAACUCUUAUUAAUCAUGUAGAUGAUAAAAGUCUAGUGGAACCUGGCAGUACAGCGACGUGGCCUAUUAUUUGUGCAUCAGAUGAAACUGUUGGUUAUCGGCAUAUAAGAAUUCAACAAAACGGUAGAAACGCAUCGGGACAAACUCAUUACCUUAGCUUAAGCGGAUUUGAAAUAUAUGGCAAAGUUGUAGGAGUAUGUGAGGAUAUUGGUAGAAGCGUAAAAGAAGCGGAAGCUAAAAUAAGACGAGAAAGGCGACAAAUUCGUGCACAGCUAAAACAUUUAACUGCUGGGGCACGAGUAGUUCGUGGUGUCGAUUGGCGCUGGGAAGAUCAAGACGGCUUCUCUGAGGGAACCAUUACUGGGGAAAUACAUAAUGGAUGGAUUGAUGUAAAAUGGGAUCACGGUGUACGAAAUUCUUAUCGAAUGGGUGCUGAAGGAAAGUACGAUUUAAAAUUAGCUAACUGCGAAAAUCUUUCUAUAUUUGAGGGAGGCAAUUAUGCUGCACCAGUGGGAUUAAGUUCGAACAACAAAAAAACAGAAAAAAACAGUACUCUCACAUCGCGAAAAUCAAUCUCAACACCAUCUCUCCCUGAAGCAACUGAAGAAAAUCGGAACUCUGAUGAAUCAUCAAUUCAAACUACUUCUGCUGAUAAUCUAGCUUGGAAACAUACGGUUGGGACAAUUACAGAAAAUGUAUUUGCAUCAGGAAAGACUCAAGUAACUUCUAAUCAAAGAACAGCAAAAACAACAUCUACAGAUAUUCCUAUAAAACUUCAAGAAAGUCAUUGCGCUAAUCAAGCUUCAAAGAGUGCAGUAACUUGUGCACCACCUUUGAUUCGUGAGCUAGAACAUGUAUCAGAUCUAUCUGCAAUAAAUAAUUCAAUGUCGGCAAUUAACUCUGACUUAGCAACUAUUUCGGAAAAUAUUACUCUAGCUGUUAUUACUAAAGAAAAUAUUUGCAGUGUUUUAUCUACUACACCCAGAGCCAUAGUAUCCGACGCGUGUUCUGUUUCUGGAGAAACUAAUAUUAAACCGAUAUCCCAUAUUGAGGAAAACAAUAAAAUGAAUGCCAACAAUACGGGAAAUAUUUUGGCAAAGGGUUUGCAUAUGAGCAUGCGUUCUGCAAGUUUACGAGGGGAUGAAUCAGUAUCACAAUUUUCUUCUGAAGACGCUGAAAAUAUUGAUAAAAUACAUGAUGGAGUAGAUAUGCUACGAAAAAAUACAAACAAUAUUCUUUCUACUGAAGUCCAUCCUUUUCCAAAAUCACAAAACCUUAAAUUAAACACUGAAACUAAGCCUCAAUCAAAUUGUAAGAGUUUUCCCGAAAGCCAAAUAGUGGUUUUAAUGGAUGAGCUUUUUACUCGGAAUAUUGAUAAUUCUAGUACAUCAACUUCCAAUCAGCAGAGUAAAAUUGAUGGUCAGGUUGGCAAGAUAGCGGAUACUGGAAUGUUAUCUGAAGUAGCAGCAGUUUCCAAUCAAAUGAGUAUAAGUGUACCAAAUCUAGCUACUACCUCAGCAUCUGAAGUGUCAUCAACUAUAGAGGUAUCAGCACAUACUGGACUACUAGAAACAUUUGGUGCAAUAGCGCGUCGUCGUACGUCACAAGGUGCCAACAUCCAAGAUAAUCAAAUUAUUAACGUGCAUAAUAAUACUAAUGAGCUUAGCAAUCAAAAUGUUGGUACUAGUUCGUUUUUUGCUAAAGGUCCCAAUUCAGUAACCAGUUUAGUAAAGAUGGCUUUGUCAAGCAAUUUUCAUUCUGGGUUAUUAAGUACUGCGCAAAGUUAUCCAAGCUUGUCUUCCAAUAAUGAAAGAGGCUCUGCACCACCAAAUGGAACAAGUAGCAACACUAGUCAACAGCCUGUAUCUUCUAUAAAUCACACAUUAACCAUGAGUCUUACUUCCACUUCGAGCGAUAGUGAACAAGUUUCUUUGGAGGACUUUUUGGAAAGUUGCCGAGCACCAGCGCUAUUGGGAGAUUUGGACGACGAUGAUGAUAUGGACGAGGACAAUGAAGAGGAAGAAAAUGAGGAUGAAUAUGAGGAAGUAGGAAAUACAUUAUUGCAAGUAAUGGUAUCCAGAAAUCUGCUAACAUUCAUGGAUGAUGAAUCUUUAGAAAACAGAUUGGUUGGUGUAACCAAGCGGAAAUCAUGGGACGACGAGUUCGUUUUAAGACGACAGUUUUCGGCAUUAAUUCCUGCAUUUGAUCCAAGACCAGGUCGAACAAACGUUAAUCAAACAACUGACUUAGAGAUACUCAAGCCAGGUUCCAAAAUAGAAAACUCAAAUGAAAGCGGUUAUAUCCACGUUAAACAGCCAAACCUUAGUCUGAAACUACGAGGUCCUGGCGUAGGCGGUGUUCCUGAUGUUGAAAUCGAAUUAGAUAACGCUGAUUGGACAAUAUUCCGUUACAUACAAGAAUUGCUUCAAAAUAGUCAGUUAAAUAAAGUUGACAAGUUUCGUAAAGUAUGGGAACCAACAUACACAAUUGUUUACAAAGAGGUUUUGCCUGAUACUCGUGAAAACAUUUGUUUUGAAUCGGAUCAAACAUCUGAAAUAUCAUCAAAAAGCGGUGCCUCCACACUCUCCCCAAACUCACCAAUGCAUGGCGGUAUCAACACUAAUGAGCAUUCGCUGUGCUCUGUAGAUGAGAUCCUAGAGUUGCUUACACAAAUUAACUCACUUAAUCAGAAUAAAUUAGGGUGUGAAAGCAAAGAUUGUGUCUUACCACCAGAGUUGUUUAUAAGCAAAAAAAUCACAAACAAGUUGCAGCAGCAAAUACAAGAUCCUCUUGUACUAUCAAGUAACGCUUUGCCUAGUUGGUGUGAGGAGUUAAAUCAGUCGUGCCCAUUUUUGUUUCCCUUUGAAACAAGACAACUUUAUUUUAACUGUACGUCGUUUGGCGCAUCUCGCAGUAUCGUUUGUCUUCAAUCGCAAAGAGACAAUACGAUUGAACGUCAAAGGCUGCCCCUCUUAAGUAACCGUCGUGAUGAUCAGCCUGAUUUUCGAGUUGGACGCAUUAAACAUGAACGGGUAAAAGUCCCACGAAAUCAGGACCUCCUAAAGUGGGCAAUGCAGGUAAUGAAAACUCAUUGUGAUCGAAAAUCUGUUCUUGAAGUCGAAUUCUUAGAUGAAGAAGGUACUGGUUUGGGUCCAACGCUCGAGUUUUACUCUUUGGUGGCUGCAGAACUACAACGAGCAGACUUGUGUAUGUGGUUGUGUGAUAAUGAAUCAAUUAAUAGACCCGAAUCAACUAAAUUUAAAGAAAAUGUAAAUGAGGAAUCAAAACCCGUGGGAUAUUACGUAAAUAUUCGUGAUCAUGGUCUUUUUCCCGCGCCGUUACCACAAAACUCUGAAGUCUGCAAAAAUGUCUGUGAGUACUUCUGGUUUUUUGGAGUUUUUAUUGCGAAAGUCUUGCAAGACAUGAGGCUGGUAGACAUGCCAUUAUCAACAUCGUUUUUGCAGUUACUAUGUCAUAAACAUCUGUCAUCGCAAAAUUGUCAGAAAGUACUUUCUGAGCAUUCUGAACUUGUAGACACUUGUUCUAAACUGAUAAAUGCUUCUUCUGAAAAUAUUGAAUUUAACAUGUUUGGUGGGAUCUUAGAUCUGGAAAAUCUUAAAGAGAUAGAUCCGACACGAUAUACAUUUUUAAUGGAGGUAAAGAAUUUGUUAUUGAGGAAGCAAUCAAUAGAACUUGAUAAUUCUAUAAAUUUUGAAGAAAAAGAAAAAAUCAUAAACGAUCUUAAACUAUGUACAAUGUCUGGGAUUGAAGUAUCGAUAGAGGAUUUGGCACUUACGUUUACCUAUUCGCCAAGCUCACCAAUAUAUGAAUAUGGGCAUAUAGAGUUAUUGCCAAAUGGAGCGUCUAUCGAUGUGAAUAUCCAUAAUCUGAAAGUGUACUGCGACUUGAUUAUAAGUUAUAUACUACAGGAUGGGAUUGCAAAUCAGUUAAAAGCGUUUAAAGAUGGAUUUAAUAAAGUGUUUCCUUUAAAAAAGCUUGCUGCGUUUUGUCCUUCUGAAGCUCGUCUGAUGCUAUGCGGCGAGCAACACCCCCAAUGGAGUCGGGAGGAUAUUAUGGCUUAUACUGAACCCAAAUUGGGAUAUUCAAAAGACAGCCCCGGAUUUUUACGCUUUGUAAACGUUCUUCUGAGUCUAUCAGGAGCUGAGCGUAAGUCUUUUGUUCAAUUCAUAACCGGUUGCAGUAGUCUGCCUCCAGGCGGGUUUGCAAACUUACACCCUAGGCUAACAGUCGUUCGAAAGGUUGAUGCAGGAGAGGGAAGUUAUCCAUCUGUGAAUACUUGUGUUCAUUAUUUAAAGCUUCCUGAUUAUCCGACUGAAGAAAUAUUGAAGGAACGAUUGUUAACAGCCACUAAAGAAAAAGGAUUUCAUUUAAAUUAAUUAACUUGAACGUUUAUUACUAAUAUUAAUGAUCCCAUUUGCAAAAAUGUAAAUAAUACCCAAAAAUAAAUUUAAUAAAGAAUUCCAUUAAUAACUUCA